UUAAUACUGAAUGUAGUGGCUUUACAGUGUGAGAGAAAAACAAAAUACGUGUGUCUUUUACAAAUAUGGAUGCCAAUUUAACACCCGACCAGGAAAAUACGACAAAAGAAUUUAUAGAAAAAGUAAACGCCAAAUACCGUCGGAAAAUAGGACCGGUGUCGUGGACCACGGCUGUGCGAUUUUUGUACGCGCGUAAGUUUGACGUCGUCAGAGCUCUGACGCUAUUUGACCAACACGAAUUGACUCGACAACGUGAAGGCCUAAUUAAUUUUGACCCCAAGAACGAACCGCUCAAGUCUGAACUGCUCACAGGGAAAUUCACAAUCUUGCCAAAACGGGACUCGGCAGAUGCCGCCAUAGCUGUGUUCACUGCUCAUAAGCACUUACCUGCGAAUAGCACGCACCAAACUACUUUACAGGGUGUUGUCUAUCAACUGGAUUGUGCCUUGCAAAACCCAACAACUCAAAAGGCUGGUAUUGUCUUCAUAUACGACAUGUCGAAUUCGAAAUACUCAAAUUUUGAUUACGACUUGUCACAAAAAAUUCUCACUCUUUUAAAGGGUGGGUAUCCUGCCAAACUAAAAAAGGUGCUCAUUGUUACCGCGCCUCUAUGGUUUAAAGCGCCGUUCAAAAUACUUCGAUUAUUCGUUAGAGAAAAACUACGAGAAAGAGUUUAUACUGUGUCAGUGGCCCAAUUAUCCAGUCACAUCCCGAGGGAAUCGCUUCCCACCCAACUGGGAGGCUCCCUAGUCCUGGACCAUAAUGUUUGGUUGUCGCACUGCAUACAGUCAAUGACUAGUACAAGACCAGAAUCGCCGAUUUCACAUUAUGAUGGUAAGACGCCGUCGCCCCAAAAGCGUACUUCGGCUCCCAGCGACAUCGACAUCUCCGGAUCAGGCAACGGCGUGGAUAGUUGGGCGGAGGAGGCGAAUUUAAAUCCUCCAAGUAGCGCUUCCAGCGGCUUCUCCGAUGAUGAUUCUCUUCAUGGGGAUGGUGCUGCUUUGACUGCUAUGCAAUUAGUAGAUUAUGUUAGGGAUAGAGGAAGAUCUGGUUUAAUGCAAGAAUAUGCUGAAAUUAGAUCGAGACCUCCUGAUGGUACAUUUAACAUAGCCAAAUCAAAAAGUAACCUUCCCAAAAAUAGGUAUACCGAUGUGCUGUGCUACGACCAUAGUCGCGUGAUUCUUACUGAACUGGACAAUGACAAAGAUAGUGAUUACAUUCACGCAAAUUUUGUGGAUGGUUACAAGCAAAAGAAUGCUUUUAUUAAUACACAAGGGCCCCUCUCAAAGACAACGCCAGAUUUCUGGCGGAUGAUAUGGGAACAACACACACUAGUAAUUGUUAUGACAACUAGAGCUAUGGAACGGGGAAGACCAAAAUGCCACCAGUACUGGGAACCUGAAGUCGGUUGGGAAACAACCUAUGGUCAAUUUGGCGUUAAGACGGAGUCUAUAGAAACUGAUAAAGAUUAUACAGUUACUACUAUUAGUUUAACGAAUAACAAAACUGAAGAAACUCGCGAAGUCUCUCAUUGGCAAUUCACCUCGUGGCCAGAUUACGGAGUUCCUCAUUCUGCAAAAGCCAUGUUAGAAUUUCUUGAAAGAGUAAGGAGGAAACAAGCCAGUAUGGUAGUUGAAUUAGGUGAUACAUGGGCCGGUCACCCUAGGGGACCACCGAUAGUUGUGCAUUGCAGUGCUGGCAUUGGUAGAACAGGUACUUUCUGCACACUGGACAUAUGCAUCUCCAGACUAGAAGACGUAGGCACAGCCGAUAUUCGAGGUACAGUUGAGAGAAUUAGGUCACAACGAGCGUAUUCCAUCCAAAUGCCUGAUCAGUACAUAUUUUGUCAUUUGGCUCUUAUAGAAUAUGCCCUAAUGAAGAGUCAUCUGCAAACCGCCGAUCUUACCGGUUUCGAUCAGGCCGUUGAAGAAGAUUCUGAUUAAAAGAGAGUCGCUGUCUUUGAGCGAAGAGAAAAUAUAGGUGUAAAUUUUUAAUAAUUUUUUAAUGAACGGUUUACCUAGUUGCUUUUCGAUGGUUUCCUAUGGAAGCGCUAUGAACAGAGUUUGUUUUUUGUAGGAAGAAUGAACGAAAAUAAUUGUUUUGGUUUUGUUACUAGACGAGCUGAGCAUGUUUUAAACUGUAAAUCUGGGAUUUCUGUUUGUUAGCAAUUGCAGAAAAAUAUCAGUCAUUUAGAUUAAAUAUCGAAUUAUGUAUUGUAUAUUUGUUCCAUUUUAUUUAUUUAUUAAUAGUUUCACUUAUUAUAACUUUCAAAUAAAAACAACAAAUUUAUUAUUAGGCAUUUCAUUUUAUUUUUCCAGUCGAUGAUUGAACUUGGUACUAGAUUUAUAUCACCCUUCACUUAUAUCCAACGAAUAAUAUCUUAUUUACAGCCAUUUCUAUCAAAGAAAUUAAAACACAAGUUGAAAACUGAAAUUUAAUUACUUAUAAUAGUCCUGUGGUAGUUAUGACGUAUAAAGCACUAUUACAGUAAAAGUUUGCUGUUAAUUUCUUCCUCUUCUAGUGAGAGCUGGUAACCCAUAACGGGGAGAUAUUAAAGUGACAUUCAAAAUAAAUACAACUAGCAACUGAUCUGUUCGGUACAAUGUAAUCUUAGCCUCGCCACACCUAUCCAAAGCCUUCCCGUGUUAAGCCCAUAUUAGUAUCUUAUGCGAUUGUUGGACUUAUCUAAUAGGC